CGUUAUUCCCAACUGCCAGUUCAGAUCAAAGACUGCACGCUUGAAAACCUUUACGGCAAAUCAACUGGAUGAAAUUAAAGAUCCCUCUGGUCUUUUUUAUAUUCUCCCUUUUCAGAAAGGUUACUUGGUCAACUGGGAUGUCCAGAGACAGGUUUGGGAUUAUCUGUUUGGAAAAGAAAUGUAUCAAGUGGAUUUUGUAGAUACCAAUAUUAUUAUUACCGAACCUUAUUUUAACUUCACUUCAAUACAAGAAUCCAUGAAUGAAAUUCUAUUUGAAGAAUAUCAAUUUCAAGCAGUUCUUAGAGUAAAUGCUGGAGCUCUUAGUGCACACAGGUAUUUCCGGGAUAAUCCAUCUGAGCUAUGUUGUAUCAUUGUGGACAGCGGAUACUCUUUUACACACAUUGUACCUUAUUGUAGAAGUAAAAAGAAGAAAGAGGCCAUCAUCAGGAUUAAUGUUGGAGGAAAGCUUUUAACCAACCAUCUAAAGGAGAUAAUCUCUUACAGGCAGCUACAUGUUAUGGAUGAAACACAUGUAAUUAAUCAAGUGAAAGAAGAUGUGUGUUAUGUUUCUCAAGACUUUUACAAGGACAUGGACAUUGCCAAAUUGAAAGGGGAGGAAAAUACUGUAAUGGUAGAUUAUGUUUUGCCAGACUUCAGCACAAUCAAAAAAGGAUUUUGUAAGCCAAGGGAAGAGAUGGUGUUAAGUGGAAAAUACAAGACUGGUGAACAAAUACUUCGUCUAACAAAUGAAAGAUUUGCAGUUCCAGAAAUACUUUUCCAUCCUUCGGAUAUUGGCAUUCAAGAGAUGGGAAUUCCUGAAGCCAUUGUUUAUUCUAUUCAGAAUUUACCUGAAG